AUGUUUUUUCAAACUAAAGAAAAAACAUCUCGUUCUGUUUCACCCGCAAAUCGUUCAGAUUUGGUAACCAUAAUACCGAGGUCUCAAAGUCCAACCAUAACGAAAGAACAAUUAUAAGUAUAAAUUUGUAUAAUUAAGAACACCAAAUUUUACAAUCGUUUCUAUAGAUAGGAACAACGUUAUCAACUUUUAUAAGAUUAGAUUAAUGCAGAGAUCAAGGCAUUAUCAAACAAGAAGAAGAUUACUGAAAAUUCCUAUGCAAUUAUUGCCAAUUAAUUACAAUAACGAAUUUCGGAUUCAUUAUCUAGAUUCAAAAGCGAAAGACUUGAUUUUGCAUAAAUUGGGGCAGCAUUCACUGAUUUAAAAAUAUUCCAAGAAAUUAUCUUUGAUAGCAAUUGCGAAUUAAUAAAUAGCGAUUAACCUCUUAAUCUGAGAGGUAAACAGGAGAUGUUGAUGCAUGAAAUGUUGUGGAAUCUAGUAUCGCAAGAUGGUGAACAUGAAUAAGUUGAAACCUAAAUGGUAUUAUGUGUAUUUAGAAUCUUGAUGGACCCAGUCAAAUUGACAGUCGAAGAAACAGCUUAAUUAGUUUUAGACUUCCUAAACUACGAAGUCACCAAUUACAAUUAAAAAUUUGAUCAAGCAAAGAGAUUAGUCAUUCAAUUUAGAGCUCUUACAUAAAAUUAGAUUUUCUCCGCUUACCCAGAUAAAAAAAAAGAAAUUGAGGAUGUCAAGGAGAAACAUGCUCCAUCAAUAAAUUAGAAAUCUUAAAUUUUAGCUUAUCAAAACAGACAAAAAUACAUGGAUAAAUAAUUAAGUACGCAAAGUUAAAGCUGCAUCGAUGUUCUCUUGAAAAAGAAGUAAGAAUUCAAUAGAGAAAUAUAAAAAUAAUAGCUCUAAAAAUAAGAAGAGAAGAUGAAGGAAUGCACAUUCCAGCCUAAGAUUAAUUAAAAUUACUCAUAAAAUUCUACAAUUGAUGUGGUGAGUAGAUUAUAUACUUAAGAAUCAAUUCAUUAGAAAAGAUUGUAUUAAGAAGAAAAUGUAAGAAAAACUUAGGAAUAAAAAGAAUUAGUAGAGUUGAAUUAAUGCACAUUCACUCCUCUAAUUAAUGAUGGCAUUCCUAUAUCAACAACAAAUGCAAGCACUCCAAAGGACUAUGACAAAAUGGUAGAUAGAAUGAGAAAGGCCAAUAAUAGAGCAAGAGAACAGAAAGAGAAAUUAAAUCAUGUAUCCACUGGAGAAUAAUUAGAAAAACUUAGAAAUUCUCCAUUCAAUCCCCCAUAAAUGGUAAAUCGACCAAAAUUAAAAAAAAAACCAAUUGUUAUUAUGGAUGUGAAUAUCUGCCCAGGAAAAUAAGGAAGAUUAGCUCUGUAUGAAGAUUAAGACCCUCAAGAUGUCGUCAAGAACUUUUCAAAAUUAUUCAAUCUGAAUACAGAAAUGUCAGACAUAUUACUAAAUGUUUUGGAACAAGAGAGAUAAAAGAUGAUGAAAAAACAAUGCUCUUGA